AUAUUUUCCACAAAUAAGAAUUAAUACUGACGUACUGACCGGACCACCUGUCCUGAAGGUUUGAACGUUCACUUAUGGCCGCCGCUCCUUCACGCCUCAUUUUCUUCUGAUUUCUGGAUAUUCCGGCGACGCAAUCGCAAUCAGAUCCACCUCUCGUCGACCGCCAUGGCCUCCGGUCGCAGCCUGCGCCAUCUCCGCUCAUCUCUUCACUAUUCUUUGUUGCAGAGGACGAGUCUGUAUUGUGCUGGAUUUCAGCAAGAUUUUUUAGGGAGCGGUUCAUGGAAGUAUAGCACGAUUGCAUAUUCAAAGCAGAGGCUGUUGAAAAUAGAAGACCAACAAAAGCAGUUAGCUAAUGAGAGUGAUCCUACUUUUGAGAGUGAAAUUUCUGAAAUUCGGGAGCAAUUCAAUGCUGCUAAAGAGAGGUUUCUGAAAAUACCAGAUGCUUUAAAAGAUAUGCCCAAAGCGAAUCCCAAAGGAAUAUAUGUGAAUAAGAACCUGCGGCUAGAUAAUAUUGAAGUGUAUGGAUUUGAUUAUGAUUAUACAUUGGCACAUUACUCCUCUAAUUUGCAGACCUUGAUAUAUGAUCUAGCAAAGCAGCAUCUUGUUAAUGAGUUUAAAUAUCCUGAAAGCUGCAUGGAAUUCAAGUAUGACCCUUCAUUUCCUAUUAGAGGGUUAUACUAUGACAAAGUAAAAGGGUAUCUCAUGAAGUUGGACUUCUUUGGAUCAAUUGAGCCUGGCAGUUGCUACUUUGGUAGGCGCAAGCUUAGUCAUGAAGAAAUUGAUGAGAUAUAUGGUAGCAGACAUAUUGGCCGUGAUCAAGCAGGGAAACUUGUGUGCUUGAUGGAUUUCUUCUGUUUCAGUGAGGCAUGCCUUAUUGCUGAUGUUGUGCAACAUUUUGUUGAUGCUAAAUUGGAAUUUGAUGCUGGUUAUAUUUACGAAGAUGUUAAUCGAGCUAUACAAUAUGUUCACAAAAGUCACUCGGUUCAUAAAGGAAUUCUUUCUGAUCCUCAGAAGUAUCUUGUAAAGAAUGGGCAGCUACUAAGCUUUCUAAGGAAGCUAAAGGACAAAGGGAAGAAACUCUUCAUGUUAACCAACUCUCCCUUCUUUUUUGUGGACGGAGGAAUGCGUUUUAUGCUCGAAGAUUCUUUAGCUCAGCAAGACUCCUGGAGGGAACUUUUUGAUGUUGUGAUUGCUAAAGCAAAAAAGCCAGAUUUUUACACAUCUGAACAUCCAUUUCGAUGUUAUGAUGUUGAGAAGGACACCUUACAAUUCUCAAAAGUUGAUUCUUUUCUUCCUGACAAAGUUUAUUACCAUGGAUGCCUCAAAACAUUCUUGCAAAUCACAAAGUGGAAAGGCCCAGAGGUUAUAUAUUUUGGCGAUCACCUGUUCAGUGAUCUGAGAGGGCCUUCAAAAGCUGGAUGGCAUACUGCAGCUAUCAUCCAUGAACUGGAAAAUGAGAUCAGUAUUCAGAACGAUGAUAGUUACAGGUUCGAACAGGCCAAGUUUCAUAUAAUCCAAGAACUUCUUGGAAAGCUGCAUGCUAAAGUUGUCAACUGUCAGAUUAGUGAAACAUACAAAUCCCUUCUUUGGGAGCUCAAUGAUGAGAGGCAGAAGGCACGUUACGCGAUGAAGGAAAUGUUUAAUAGGUCAUUUGGAGCUACAUUCCUUACUGAUUCUGGUCAAGAAUCUGACUUUGCUUACCACAUCCAUCAAUAUGCUGAUGUGUACACCAGUAAACCAGAGAACUUUUUGUUCUAUCUACCUGAGGCUUGGCUUCAUGUGCCUUAUGAUAUAAAAAUAUUGCCUCACCAUGUCAAGGUUUCAUCAGACUUGUUCAAGACUUGAGUGCUCUUCUGGCCAAAGAUGGUUCAACAAGUUGGAUCAUUAAGUAGGGACAUUACUGUUAUUUAUGUAGUCAUUUUUUUGUACCAUUCAAUAGAAAGGCGGUUUAUCCCCAGGUUCAAGAGUUUAGUGAGGCUAAUAGUAUACUACUGCAUCAUAUCCUUAAUUGCAAGCAAAGGUUGGAGGAUGUGAAGGCCACAAUACAAGUCCUACAUUGGAAUGAAACAUGUACUUUGACGCUGCUUCUUGUUCUCUGUCUGUUUGUAUCUUGCACUGGCUUUUGUUGUAAGGUGUUAGGUAUGUCCCUGAUUGAUUUUUAUCAUUAUAACAUUCAUGUGAAUAUUCAAUAAUGAUCAUCAUUGUCAAAUUCAAUGAUCAUUUCCUCAAGAAAGUAUCUUGACAAAGUGGUACUAGUGGAAGAGGAAAUACAGACUACAAGGUCACAAGUUCGAUUUUUGUCAA